AUGCAUUCAACGCGGCUUAUUAACCUAUUGACGUUGGCACUUUCUGUGUCCUCCGUCACGGGAGUAGCAUGGCUCGACGACAAAGCUGGCAAAGGUCAGGUCGCGGUUAGACAAGACAAUAUCCUCACAAUUGGACCUGAUGUUUCGUCGGCCGAUUCGGCCGCAUCCAGUACAGACGAACCAGCGUCAUCUUCAACUGAUGCACCUGAUUCGUCGUCUACCAGCGACAGCAGUUCGGAAUCCUCACCAACUCCUACUUCGUCAUCUGAUUCAUCAACCCCAACCCCGACCGAUUCGCCUACUACUAGCAAUGGACCAACUACGUCUAACCCGACGAGUAGCCCGAAGCCGACCUCGUCAAUAACGUCAUCAACAUCGGCCGGAGGCGAUGGCGGUAAUAACGAUCAGACUUCUACGACGGCGCCGCCUGUUACUUCGACCUUCAUGACCGUCAUCACUACUACUGACUCCGCUGGACAGACAUUUGUCAGCUCAUCUUCUAGCGUUAUCGUGUCGACUCCCACCCCGGUAUCCGACUCUCAGGAUGAUAACAAAUCCGCGGGUAUGACCCCACAGGUUAGGAGUACGAUCAUUGGUGUCUGCGUUGGUGUCGGUGGUGCUAUUGUCCUCGCAGCUGCUGGUGUACUAUUCUGGAGACUUCGCAGCAAGAAGAGAAGCCAGGAAGAGAACGAGGAAUUGGUUAGCUACGGCGACGGAUUUGGUGGCCCCGGUACCGCUGAAAAGACUGAGCCUUCCGGUGCCGCCGCGAACCGCAGCCCGUUCCAGAGUACACUCGAAAGCUAUCACGCGCCGUCAUCAACAAACGCGGCUUCCAAUUUCUAA